AUGACUGGAAGCACUGAGACUCGCAACAACGAGAAGACGGUGAAGGAGGUAAGCGCCUGUUUAUAACAACGAGUUAAUGUUGAAAUAGCAACCACAGAUCGAAGGAUCUGAUGAAUCCGACAAUGAGAACGGCGAGCAGGAGCUCACCGAGGAGCAAAGACGUGUGGCUGAGGCUGCUGGACUUGGAGAGCACAUCGACAAGCAGGCUAAGCAGAGCCGCUCUGAGAAGAAGGUGAUUAUAACGUUUUUUUCAAUGCAACAACCGAACUUUCUAGGCUCGCAAGCUCUUCUCGAAGCUUGGACUGAAGCAAGUGACCGGUGUGUCCCGUGUGUGCAUCCGCAAGUCGAAGAACAUUCUCUUCGUCAUCAACAAGCCAGACGUGUUCAAGAGCCCAGGAUCUGAUACCUACAUAAUCUUCGGAGAGGCCAAGAUCGAGGAUCUUACCCAACACGCCCAGAUGUCCGCCAUCGAGAACAUGAAGCCAACCCGCGAGGCUCCACAACUUAAGACCGUCGAGGAGGACGAGAACGAGGACGUUGAAGAGGACUCCACUGGAAUCGAGGAGAAGGACAUUGAGCUUGUCAUCUCCCAAGCUAACACCACCCGUAACAAGGCCAUUAGGGCUUUGAAGGAGGCUGACAACGACAUCGUCAAUGCCAUCAUGAGCCUGACCAUGUAG